AUGUUCAUCCUUCCAUUCCUUUUGGCUGCCGGCAGCCUCCCCCUCAUUUCUGGGGCGCCGAUAGCAUCCUAUCUCUACAAGAAGUCUGCAGUUGCAGAGUCCAGUCCUUCCCUCAGCGAACGCAGUUCGAACCUUUAUGAAGCAGUUUUUGGUGGUGAUGGUUUGGUGUCUGAUGGGUGGCCCUCGAUCGCCCAGUGGAUUACCACCUUUGAUGAUAUGUACGAGUCGAACUUGGAAGUCAUGUCCGCGAGCUGUGCUCAAUUCGGCGUGGCGGAUAACACCGACGACGAGAACGCCAACGUGAAGAAGGCCAUCCAAGCAGUUGCUUCCUCCAGCGGUGUCGACGCCCGUUUCAUCCUCGCCAUCGUGAUGCAAGAGUCCAACGGCUGUGUCCGUGUCCAAACCACCGACAACGGCGUCGUCAACCCAGGUCUCAUGCAAAGCCACGACGGAACCGGUUCUUGCAACAAGGACGGCACCGUCCAGAACCCCUGCCCAUACAGCGAGAUCCACCAGAUGAUCGUCGAUGGUGUCGAAGGUACCUCCGAAGGCGACGGUCUCAAGCAGAUCCUCGCCCAGCAGGGUGGUUCCAGCGCCACAGACUACUACAAGAGCGCUCGUGUCUACAACUCCGGCUCUCUCGCCUCGGAUGGUAACCUCGGCCAGGGCGGCGCCACGGCCUGCUACGUCUCCGACGUCGCUAACCGUCUUCUGGGCUGGUCUUCCGGCACCAGCAGCUGCGACUCCUCUACCAUUGGCAGCUUGACUGGUACCUCCUGGACAGGCAGCAGUAGCAGCUCUGGAAGCUCUUCUUCUGCCUCUGCCUCCGCCGUUGCCUCUUCUACCUCGAGCGUCGUGCCUGAGCCCACCGCUGUCUCUACCACCGUCCCCGCUGCCACUGUCACUCCCACCGAGACCCCCGCAGCCGCUACCCCGACUGCCGAGGCAACUACCAGUACUGCAGUGGUCCCAACAGCCGUCGUGGUCCCCACAGCCGCUGCCGCCACUUCCACUGUCCCCAGUGCGACGUCUAGCGCAUCCGCAUCUGCAUCAGGAGUCCCCAUUUACCCAUACGCAUCUUCAUCUUGCACGGAGUACCACGCAGUAGUAGAAGGCGAUUACUGCGAAAAAGUCGAAAGCCAAUACGGCAUCACUGCGUCCGACCUCAUGAGCUGGAAUUCUGGAUUGGACGAAUCCUGCACGAAUCUCUGGAAGGGAUACAGAUAUUGUGUGAAAGCAUAA